AUGUCGGGCAAAUACGUUUUCACCAAGGGUUUGAAGGAGCUCCGCUUCCUCUUCUGCCAAAGUUCGGAGCAGAGCGCAGCCACAAGAUCGUUCUUGAACCGCGCAUACCCGACCAUGAAGAAGCACAACCCUCACACCCCCAUCAUGAUUCGCGAGGCCGUUGGCACCCUGCCUAGAGUUUUCGCCAGAUACGACCUUGGAAAGGAGAAGCAGGAAGCGCUGUCUGGUCUGUCGGACCAGCAGAUCGAAGAGAAAAUUACCUCUCUGGUGAAGGAGUCUUCAUAG